GACAACUCCAGGAAUCUAACACCGUGUGGCUUCAACGGAGCUUCACACAAAAGAAAACGAAAGCAGUUUAAACUGAGGUUGCCUUCAGAUUCGAACAACCUGAGCUUCAACAAUGGCCAACACAAAACUUCCAGAAAAACCAAACCAAACCCGGAUUUGAAGACACCCCAGCAAUCGAAAAUGGCCGGACUAGAAGAACUGAGGAAAAAGCUGACACCUUUGUUCGAUGCAGAGAAGGGUCUGGGCUUGGGAUCGUCCACCUUGGACCCGUCAGAUUCAUACACACUUUCGGACAGAACGGUGGAGUUGCUGAGCCGAUCGUACGGCGUGUACAACAUCAACGAGCUGGGACUGCAGAAGUGCACGUCUUCUACGGUGGACGAUACCACAGAGAAGACCUACCGGUGCGCUUCGCAUGAGAUGAGGGUGUUUGGGGCCAUUGGGAGUGGUGCCAGCAGUGUUGUGCAGAGAGCUAUUCACAUUCCCACUCAUCGGAUUAUAGCGCUAAAAAGGAUCAACAUUUUCGAAAAGGAGAAAAGGCAGCAGCUGCUUACUGAGAUAAGGACACUAUGUGAAGCACCUUGUUACCAAGGUCUUGUAGAGUUUCAUGGUGCAUUUUAUACGCCGGAUUCCGGACAGAUAAGCAUAGCUUUGGAGUAUAUGGAUGGAGGAUCGCUGGCAGAUAUCUUACGGUUGCGGAAAAGAAUACCCGAACCUCUACUUUCUUCUAUGUUUCAGAAGCUUCUACAUGGACUGAGCUACUUGCAUGGAGUUAGGUAUCUAGUACACAGAGACAUAAAACCUGCCAAUUUGCUUAUAAAUCUAAAGGGUGAGCCAAAGAUAACAGACUUUGGUAUAAGUGCUGGCUUGGAGAAUUCUAUGGCAAUGUGUGCAACAUUUGUUGGGACAGUUACAUACAUGUCGCCUGAGCGAAUUCGAAAUGAGAAUUAUUCUUACCCAGCUGAUAUUUGGAGUCUUGGGCUUGCUCUCUUUGAGUGUGGUACUGGAGAAUUUCCAUAUACAGCCAAUGAUGGACCUGUCAAUCUUAUGUUGCAGAUCUUAGAUGAUCCAUCACCGACACCUUCAAAACAGAACUUUUCACCAGAGUUCUGCUCGUUUAUUGAAGCUUGCUUGCAGAAGGAUGCAGAUGCUAGACCAACUGCAGAGCAGCUACUUUCACACCCCUUCAUUACAAAGUAUGAGAAGUCCCAAGUGGACUUAGCAGCAUUUGUUCGAAGUGUUUUUGAUCCAACGCAAAGGAUGAAGGACUUGGCAGAUAUGCUUACCAUACAUUUUUACUUGCUCUUUGAUGGAUCUGAUGAGCUCUGGCAACAUGCAAAGACGUUAUACAAUGAAGAUUCAGUUUUCAGUUUCUCUGGCAAGCAACUAGUCGGCGCGAAUGAUAUAUUUGCCUCACUCUCUAGUGUACGAAGUACAUUAGCUGGUGACUGGCCUCCUGAGAGGCUUGUGCAUGUUGUGGAAAAGCUUCAGUGCCGUGCUCAAGGUCAGGAUGGAGUAGCAAUUAGGGUAUCAGGAUCCUUCAUUGUUGGGAAUCAGUUCCUUAUAUGUGGAGACGGUGUUCAGGUAGAGGGCUUGCCCAGUAUUAAAGAUCUUUCCAUUGAUAUUUCGAGUAAGCGAAUGGGUACAUUCCGUGAGCAGUUCAUUAUGGAGCCAAGCACUAUUAUAGGGCGCUACUCAAUUGCUAGCCAAGAACUUUAUAUUAUGCAGUGAAUAUUGAAAAAUCCAACUUAACUGUUGGAUUAAUGCUGGAACAAGUAUCAGCAUGUGAUAUUAAACAUAGAAACAGCCAAAAUGAUCUGACCGCGACAAACUUGCUAUGUAUCAUUGACACUAUUGUAAUCAGUUGUCCAUAAAAUGAUCAAAAUCAUAGUCAUUACCCCGGUUCAGGAAUGAAAAUAUCAACAUCUUUCAUGUAA